UCUCCAACAGUAGUCAACUCAAAAGCAAAUGCUCAGUUUAAAUAAGUGCAUUAGGAAACAUAAUAGAUUAACCCAUGUGCUAACUUUGCCAAUGCACGGAGAGGAUUUGCCUUUGGCAUCUGCUUAGUGCCCAAACGAUAUGGUGGUCCAGGCGUUUCAGCGGUCUCUGAGGUUCCCAAGGAGAGUUCCGCAAGAAGAGCAGUCGGAGGCUGCGACCGACUCCCUCCAUUGCGGCUUUGCCUGUUCAAGGGCCAAAAAGAGUAACUGAGUUGUGGCAACACUUCCAGCAAGCAUGGCUACUAGAUCCAUAGUUGUCAUCCCCUCUAAUGGAGCGAACAUAAUCCAAAUGGCCCCUGGAUUGCCCAGUGUUGCUCUUCAGGCAUCUGGAUCAACUCCAUAUCCUCAGUAUGUAGCUCAGCAACUUGGAAUUUCCACCAGUGCUCCUCAACAAGUCUCCCAGAAGGGUCCUAUGGAGAGAUUCCUCAGUGCUGAGGCCAAAGUGCUUGGGGCCAUCCAGAUCAUGAUUGGGUUGAUCCACAUUGGCUUUGGAGCUGUCGCAAUUUGUCUCACUUUGUAUCCCUUUUACUACCUUUUCUUGUCUGUAAUUGGAUGUUACCCCUUUUGGGGAGGGAUAUUUUUCAUUUCUUCUGGAUCACUUUGUGUAGCAGCUGUGAACCGUCCAAAUCGUGGUUUGGUUAAAUCCAGUGUAGGAUUGAACAUCACAAGUGCUAUAAUGGCAGUAGUUGGUAUCAUCCUGUAUCUAUGUGAGCUGAUCUUCAAUAGUCCUAAUUUUAGGCAUAUCUAUAUAAAUAACACUGAAGAUUUAGACAUUACAACUAUAGAGAAUGUCAGUUAUGGCUUCUCCAGUCUGCUGCUCUUGUUCAGCCUGCUGGAAUUUUGCAUCGCUGUUUCACUUGCACACUUUGGGUGCCAGGCAACUUGCUGUUCUGAUGCCCAGCCAACCAUGCUUUUUGUGCCUUACCAAGUCAUUGGAGAUGGAGCAGGCACAACUGAACUAAAUCCUUCUCCUCCUCCACCGACCUAUGAUAACGUGGUUACCAAAUCUCAGUAAAACAAGAAGGAAAUGUGAGAAGUGUUGCAGAAAAGGUUUCAGGAGAAGCAAUGUGUUACCUUGUUUUGUCCUCCAGCUUCUUUGUUUGUUUUUCAAUUACAACCUUUAAACACCAAAUUAAAUGGUGGCAAAUUUAAAAGUUCUUCUAGUUUACUUAAUAGCUAGAACACUUCCCAAGAAGAAGAAUUUGUGCUGCAAAUCAUCAGCGUAUUUAUGACGAAGUAGAUUUCCUACACUGGAUGAUGGAAGCUGUUUAUUACACUUCUGUUCAUAUUCUAGAUGGGGGGGUUUUUAAUGACAAAUAUGGAAUUAAGUAGGAGAUCUGAUGUUACAGAAAAGAAAAACAACUACUAAAAUUAAAACACAAACUAUUAAUAAAACAUAUCAUUGACACAA